AUGAGCGAACAAGAAACAUCAUCCGAUCGAGUUGAUGAAAACCAAUACCCUUUGGAACGAUCCGGAAUAAUAAAAUCAAAUAUCUUCGUCCCGGCUAGAAGAGCCAAACGAUUUCGAUCCACAUCCUCUCAUCACCGAGCAAUACAACUUCCAUAUCGAGGUAUCCGUAGUACCUUCCGAACUGCUCACAUUACACCGAGUACACCGCAAAGGUUAAAAUAUCACAGUAUCCCAAAGUAUAACCAACACAGAAAAGGUAUAGAUCCAUCCAUUGCCAAGGCAAUUGGGACCGCACUAGGGUUCCUCGUUAUUGAAAACUUACUCCCGAAGGUGGACGGCGAAAUAUGUAACGGAACAGUCCCGUUUACGACUAACUUGCUCGCAAACCCACAUUGUGACGAACAUAUGUCCAUGGCAUCAUUGUUCAUACCCUUAUUCAUCUUCCUAGGGAUCAUCGCUUGCGUUGCCAGAUUGCUACGCAGUGAGCAUAAAGCUAGAAGCAUCUCAACGUUCAUCAGAACAAGAACAAAAUUGGAAAACCAAAAAAGGCAAAUCCCACUGGAUGAGAUAGAAAUAGAGAACGGUAACACCAUUCAAGAUGAUGAAAUAGAAACUGCUAAAACAUCAAUCGAUAAGGAAGAAAAUGAAACAAAGAAACGAUUCUUGAAAUUACCAAACUACAUGAAUUUGGGAUCCAGAAUCUCUCUCACUAUUUUACUGGUCAUGAUGAUCGGAAAGAACAUCGAAGCUUGUGACGACGCUCACAUCGUACACACCACAUCGUUUAAAUGUGUGAAUUUAACCAACUGUUAUCAAGAAUACGAUAAUCAGAUGAUUCUCAGUAAAGGAACGCACAAAGCUUGCAUAUCAAUGAAAUUCAAGAAUACAACAGUUGGGAUAAUAGAAAUAGAGAAAUCGAGAACAGAGUAUCGAUGCAUUAAAAAUCUAAAGUACUUCACACGGCAAACUCGACCAAAAAUAACUACAAUCAGAAGGUGUUCAUCAUUUGGAUCCUGCGACAAUACAUGCAUGACCAUUAACCCUCGAACGAAAAUUCCGGAGUUCAAAGAACACCAAGAAGGCCCGUUUCAAAUCGGCUGUCAAAACUCUUGUGGUUUUCUCGCCUGUGGAUGCAUCACAUGGUCCGACUCCUGCACGUUCUACUUAAUAGAACAUAUCGCAUCAUCAGAUGAAAUAUAUGAGGCAUUCGUGUGCGAUCUAUGGGAACCUAUAGUCCACUUGAAAAUCAUUGCCAACAUUUUCAACCAAAAAACGGAAAUGAAUUUAACUUUAAAACCAUACGAAAAGUAUACUCAUCCCUUUUUUAAUAUGAGUAUCAUAUCACAAAUAAACAUUCAAUCAGCUUUGCACAACAAGCUGUUCCUAGUUUCAAACCAAACUUCGUUCUCGGUAGACAGACACGAGACACCCACCGUCUCAUGCGAGUCAGAACAUCAAGCAGUUCAUAACUUCAGCCAAUGUUCAGUAUCUAAAUUUUGUCACUGUAACGUCAACAAAGACUAUGAAGUCGCAUGCGAUUGCCCUAGUCCAGAAAUAUACCGAUUGGAAAAUCAAUUACCACUCAAUGUGGAAGAAAUGAGUAUUGAACAAAGUGAUAAGCAAAUCAAACUGUAUCCGAAAAAUGACGAAACUACAAUAGCUCUCGAUUCAGCCAUUCUGAUGAAUCCAUCAUCAUUCUAUUUCGAUUACCCAUGCAAGGCCGACGUAAUUGAAGUAACCGGUUGUUACUCAUGCCUCAAGGGAGCAUCUGUCAAAAUUGAGUGUCUCACGAGCAUCAAAAGCAACGUACUGCUAGUGUGCUCAUCACAAACUUUCUCAAUCACCUGCUCGCCAUCAGCCGAGAUCAACACAAUAAUCUUACAUUGGGAAACUAGCAUUCUCAGCGAAUCAUGCUACCUGACCUGUUCAGGAGAACGAAAAGAGUUAAAAAUUCGAGGUAAUCUACACUGGAAACCAGAUAUUCCGUAUCCCAGUUGGGUUAACAAAAAUGACCAUACUAGACAGAUGAGACCAGACUACACUCCUUUAUGGGAAGUAAUCUUAAGCAACUGGAAGCACGUCUUUUGUUAUCUACUAGGUACAUUCAUCAUAUCAAUCAGCUGCUACACAUUUGGUUUAACUCUUUCACUUCUUUUUAUCAAAUGGACCUUGAAGGGUUUCUUUAACUUCAAAGAGAACCUUUUGAAGUUUUACCACAGCUGGAAAACAGCUUUGAAGAACGAUUCAAUGGCUUAA